CACAGGGCAUCGAUAUCACAAUAACCCCCCAGAUAUCUCUACAACAAAGCAACCUUCCUUGGUUCCUUCUUUUUAAUUAUUUCAUAUAGACGAUCUUCUUGAAUAUGGUCUGUUCAAAAUGUCAGAAGCUCCAGAAAACCGAACUUGCCACUCCCGGCGUCAAGAGGAAGAGUGAAAUGUAUUACGGUUCGCCCGCCACCUCAUCUGCGUCUUCUCGCGAUAAGAGCUCGUCCGCCACCUUGGGGAGCAACGGUAUCGGAAAGAGCAAGCUUUUGAGCAAGACCGCAAAGAAUCCGAUGCUGGCGUACGGGAGUUCGUGUAAAACAUGCAAGAAAAAGACACCGCAAGGGCAUAUGUACUGCCAGCCAUGCGCAUAUAAAGCUGCAGCAUGCGCAAGUUGCGGGAAAACGGAAAAGAAAAAAUCAUCGGGAGGUGCUCCAGUGGUGCAAGGUCAAAAAUACUCAUCGAAAUGAAGAGGACGAAUUAAGGGUAUUGGCAUAUUUGGAAUCUUGCGAAGGCGUUUAAAGGGGAGUACACGGGGAGAUCGUAAUCACAAAGGAAAGCGCAUGGCAUGGGGCGUUGAUUCUAUGGAAAAUAGCAACCUUUAUAUCCUAAAUGUACACCGAGA